GUAGACACGAGCCAAAUUUUACUUUUCACAAUUUUUUUCUUUCCUUAAACCAAGUCUCCAAUAAAAUAAGAACACAAAACAGCCAACGGAAACGACCAACUGCGGAAGCCAAUGACAGAAACGAACAUAGGAAAUGAAAACGAGAAAGGAAAAAAAGGAACGAGGAAGAGAGAUGGAAAGAGUGAGAGUAGCGGGAACGCGAUAAUUCGAAGCAAACUCGUGACUAGUCAUUGAUCGACCGCGAGACGUCGAGCGCCGCGACGCCCUCUCUCCUUUUCCUAACCCCAGCGGCGCGGCCCGGCGCGGCGUCCCCACCUGUACUUGUUCACAAUCGUGUCAGACAUUUAAGCGUCACGUCGGAAACACGCCUCCCUCUUUCUCUCGCUCUCUCCUCUCUUCCCCCUUUGUUUCUCUCUCUCUCUCUCUCUCUCUCUCUCCUUCGCUCUUUUCAUUCGUCGUUCAUCGACUCGUCGUCGCGUCGUCGGCCGCGUCUCGCGGACCAGAAGAAGAAAUUCGUCGACGAAUCUCGAGUGCUCGUUUCGUGUUUCCUGUCGGUUUCGUCGUUCGAGUAGAGAGAAACGAGACUAGAGAUAGAGAUAGAACGAAAAGGAGAGAGACGGAGAAACUGGCGCACGCAGCACGCGAAACAGAGACACUUCUUUGCUACGUGAAACUCUAUUCUUCUCUUUUUCUUUUCUUUGCAGAGGAAGAAACGUGCCGGUGGUCGACGCGCGAGUGUUUCCGUGCGAGCUUCAUGAUUCGAUUGACCCAGUGAAUAAUCACGAGGAACGGAAGAAAAGAAGAACCGAAAAGGGGGAAACGUUUCUCAAGUGGUUGUGCGUUUUGUUUCGUGGCAAAAUGUGCUGUGGCCAGCUGCAAUGCGCGGACGAAACGUUCGACACGAGUCUUGGUUGAUCGUUCUUCGUGAAGAUAUCCCCGGUGCGCGGACAGGGAGUAUCAGUAUGUCCUAAUGCUAAUGUCGAGGAUUCGUCGAAUUUCGACGUCGGUUUGCUGGUGCUACCCCGUAUCGCCGUGCUCAUUGAAUCGCUUUGUUUGAAUGGGGUGGCGGUGAACGACCGUUUCUAGGUCGGUUGAGAUCCACACGGGAGCUUAAUUGACGCGCAUCGAGGGAUUCUAGGAGCGGGUCGUAGGCGAAAUUGGGAUAUCGAACGCGGACCUUUUCGCGCGGUACGCGGGUUCGGGACAAAGCUUUUCUCACGGAGGCUUUCCGCGUCGCAUGGAAAACGACGUUUUUCUUACUUCUGCGAUCUUCGUCAGUCAGUGUCGAUCGUUCCGCAUCAAAUCCGUAAACGUCUCGCGCGACCAAAAUUAGGUCACUGGAAGACAUAUUACGACCAUUAGCAUCCAGCAGAAUCUUCAACGGAAUUGAUAAAAAAUUUAACAGAGAGUUGAUAGGACGAAGUUAACUAGUAAAAACUCGCUGAUAUAGGAACGAACGUUUCGCAAAAACUUGGGAAUAUAAAGUCGAUAUGUUUUGUUUCCAAACGCCGUUCACACGCGCGUCACGCGUGCUCGUGUCCUCCUUAUCUUCCAACAAGACGAAGACCUCCUCGAUGAGCAUGAUUCUUCCAGCGAACAAGACUUCGGGCUCCAAGUGUGACAGGCAAGACUCGGAAGCGACGAGUGAAGGUUCCGGCUCUUCUAUCGGCUACAUUGACCAGGAACCAUCGGUCUCUGAUACGAGCAGCACCGACAGCACGCUUCCGGAUAUCAAAGCGGAUUACCUCGAUCCUGAGACUUUGUCACCUGGACCUGAUUCUCUGAUUGUACCAACUUCUAUUGUCAUCGUGGAGAAUGGAAUAGACGAGCCAAAUAACAUACUUGCGGAGGAUAACGAACAGAGUCACCAUGCGACCCCUUCCUCUUCUCCUGAGAAGCAGUCGUACAGCAACAGACGGUCCAAGAAGUUGCUGCUUCGUCUACGUUCCGAUUCUUCGACCAACAAAGAGGACAGCUUGGACACGGUUGAUGAUUCGAUCGAGGCUGUGUCGGUGGCUUCGAAUAAAGAAGAAGAACAUAGAGACGAGGAGAAAGAAUAUAAGUCUGGAGAAACUUUGCUGACGAAUUCUUCGUCGUCGGUGCUGAUCGACUCUGUAGAUACCGAAGAAGAUAUUCUAAGAAACUCUAGAGUAACUGCAGCUUCUGAGAACGAUAUAUCCUCGUUGCAGAACGUGUUCAGCGAAUCAGAGAAGGAGAACGUAUCCAAUCAGGAAACGGAAACCGAGACGGAAGAAGGAUCCUCGUUACCUUUGAGUCCCGCUGGCCCGUCAACUGGAGGCUUAUCUUCGUCGACAGUACCUUAUUACAAUUUUCUCUGUGUUAAUGGUGGAUCUAUGCGCCAGGAGAUGACCAGCACCAGCUCUCCUCAGUUGUCUUCGGAUAGCAAUCACAGAUCCAGCGCUGAAUCUACUGCAGUUGAUGCCUGCAGUUCGUUUAACGUUGAGAAGAGCUCGAGGAUAGAUACGUUGAAGUCAGAGGGCUUGGAAAGCACGUUUUGCCUACCUGCAGCAAGAUCUUGCCCUAAUUUGGAGAGACAGAGCGCUGGAUGCUCGCCAACUAGCGGAUCCUCUUCUUCUAGUCCUAGCCCAGGGCCUGUCGGGCCUAGAUUUAAACCUAUAGAGGAAGGAGACAUUCAAGUGUGUUUUUUGAAUUAUACCAACCUCGUGAAGAAGAUCUUGUCAAGUAAAUAUCUGAGGAGGUGGGAGACGCAUCAUCUUUAUUUGAACGACACCUGUAUCUCGUCGAAAACGAGAACGGGAUUUUUUCGACAACCAAUACCUUAUAAUAACAUGUCGGAUAUACGAAAGUAUGCUGUUACUAGAUGGGAUCCUACUUACAAGAACUGCCUUAGCAUAGUUCUGCCAAACAGUUCUCUUCUUCUCCAAGCGAAUAAUGCUUAUACUAGGGACCAAUGGUAUCAUUCGAUACUAUGGAAGAGGAGUAUCUUUAAAUAUCAGCAUCUAGUAUCUCUAAAUACCCGAGAGGAAGUGAUCAUCAAAGAAUUAAAGUCAAUGGUUGAUUUCGCGUUAUGGACGUCGCUCCAGGACGAAAGAGUGUCUGUAGCGCCGUUAGAAGCUGUUGCAAAGCAUCUCGAAGAUUCGGCCGUCGAAAAUCCAUCAGAGAAAUAUUCGGAGAAAUCGACAGAAGAAGUGUCCCGAUAUCGAAACGACCGGAAACAUUGGGCUGAAGCUGUUCUCUCCGUGGUAUCUCCUCUUUUAGACAAAGUUGCACUUCCAGUCUGUUUAACGAGGGUUCUUGUGAAGUUGGCUCAACAGCAUCCACAGUCGUCCUUGGUCACAGCCAUAAGUCCAGCGAUAACGAGAUGCCUCAAGCAUACGGUGGAUUUUGGCAAAUCCCUGGACAUGAGGAAACUAUUGCAAGUGUUUAUAGCUUCUUUGUAUGCAACGGAUGGAGAGCAAGCGAUCAGGGAUUAUAUCGCUUCAGUUCACGGGCCUGGAAGCGAUUGUCCUCACCCGAGGAUGCUUCCUAAUUUGGUGUCCGUUUGCGUAGCUGCGGUUUUCCAUAGAUUCGAAGUGGUUAAUCGUUCUUUGCCGGAAAACGAAAAAUCGCCGACCUUGCCUCCAUUGGAUUGUUACCUUCUGGUGCUAAAUAUCGCAUCAGAAUAUGCCGAUUGGAGGCCAGAACUUGGUGCUUUAUUGCAACCCGUACCAUUCCCAGAGGAAGCUUUUGCUAUGAAAGAGGUCCAACAAUCGAUAUUAAUGUGCGUAAUUAGCCGUUUAGCGAAAGACACGAGAUGCGUUGUGCAUCGUGUUCUACUUCCGAUUAGGGAACCCAGACCUGGAUGGAUUCAUAUUGCCGCACCAUCCAGUCCGGAUUGCCCUGAUCAAGGAGAAUUGUUUGGCGAAAUGUUAACUACCUUACUGGCGUGCUGCUGUCGAAGAAAGAAGUUCAUCAGCUGGCUGAUGAAACAAGUACGCGACGAUUGUAUACUAUUAGCAGUAAGAGGCUGCGAGGCUGCCCAAGAAGGUCUUUGUUUAAUGCUAGAGUGGCAUUUGCUGUCAAGCAAAGAAGCUAAAUUGCAAAUAGUUAGUGCGUUAGAGUCAACCAUUUCAGGCAAGGAACGAUACGCAGCUCUUUGCCAGAGACAAAGGAAUUUGCAGCAACUUCUUCGGAAAGGAGGUCCUAGACGACUGACGUUACCAGCCCGAGCGACAGACGCGGACGUUGCCCUUAUUCUGAGCGGAAGGGCUCUUGGCAGCUUGGAAUACCUUAGUUUGGCCUUUACCUCGGUGACCUCGGCUUGCGCCGAGCAGCUAAUCAAAUUACCAGCUUUGAGGCAUCUGAACUUGUGGGCCACGCAGUUCGGUGACGCUGGCCUACAAAUGAUUAGCGAACACUUGCAGAAACUGCAGGUCCUGAAUCUUUGUGAAACCCCUGUUUCUGAUAAAGGAAUCUCUAGCUUGGCCUCACUAACGAGUUUAAAGAAGCUGAACCUGAAUAGCACGAAACUGUCCGUUCAGACGUUCGAAUCCCUGAAGAAGUGUUUGCCAGCUCUGCAAGAGUUCGACGUGAGAUACACAGACGCUUGGUAGCCAGAGCUUUCUUCCUAUAUCCAGUCGAACAAUUCCAACAACUCCAGUAUCAAAGAGAAAAGACAGAGUUAGACGAGAUUCAGACGAACGAAGAGAAAGGUUCGAAUGGUGAAAACAAUUUGACGAGUCGUUGAAAGAUAUCGUGGCAUCUAGUGUAUUGCGUGCUGUUUUAUCGACGAAACGAAAAGAGUUAUUUAGAUGUAAAAGAUGGCUCUGGCAUACGGGAGUAUACCGGGAGUCUUUUAGAGGUGUAGUUAAGAAGAUGGAUAGUUUGAGUUCCAAACGGGACACUUUACUCGUUUACGUGAGAACAAAAGAUAUUUUCAAUCGUUGUUAAGAUUGACUAAAAAAAAAAAAUAUAUGCACGUGUCUAGGACUACAAUAAAAGCCUGAAAGAGUAAGAUGAUUUUACUCGAUGAAGAAUCGAAGCGAGAAAACUUUCAAGAAGUAUCGUUAACUGCCCAAGAAUUGACGUUUCGAUAUAAAGAAAAAAAGAGAGGUGGACACUCAUCGAAGUUAGAAUAGAAAGAGAGUGGAAAUUCGUAGCGACUCUAUAAAUAGUUGAUUCAUGUAGGAAUAAGUAAGAGGACAUCGAGAGAUCGUUUCCGAUGGCACAAGGACUUGCUGUUCGGCGACAGGAGUCCGAAUUAUUAUUCGGUCGACCGCAAGUCUCCAAGUGCGUUGCCUUUUUCCUGAAUCCUACGCGUUACGUUUUAUUCCGAUUUUAAGCUGUUAACGUUUUUAAUUUGAAGAUAUAAUAUAAUUUAUCGAUAUAGUAAUAACGAAUAGAGUGUAGAUCGUUUAAUUUAUUAUUUGUAUAUUUAUUAAAUUUUGAGUUCGCGAUAGGAUAUUAUUAAUUUCUUUUCGAUAUACUUGAUUCGCUUUAUUUCGUUUCUUGUAAAUAUUAUUUGAUAGACGCGUUAUUCUUGAAAGACGUUUCUUCGAAUGUGAUCUACAUAGUUAAGUAAACGUAGUUUUAUAAAGGGAACAGAAAUAUGCAUUUAAUUGAGAUUCGAUUUGAUUGCGCAGAUAUGAAAAGGAUACCGGAUAGAACUGACGAUGAGUGAAAAUAGAUUCCUGAUGAUGUAUUUUUAUUUCGGUUCGUUUUUAGUUAGACCAUCGAAUAAAACAGCCAACAACUCGUUCGCUGUGGCUUGUUCUUUUAAUGUACAUUUUAAAACUCGUUGUUAAGAUAUUCAACUAACAAGAUACUAUCUUAAAUCUAAUGAUCUAAUCUAUAAAGUAAAAAUUUGAACUAUGUGUAUGCUAUUAACAAAAAUAUUAUAUAUCCUCGAUGAAGAUAUUGGGUGUUUGAGAAAGGAUAACAAAUAUUUUAGGAUAUUCGUAAAAAUAAAUAAAGAUUUUGAUACCAAAAAUUUAAUAAUUCCAGAGAGAGUUUAUUUAGAUAAUGUAAUUAAAUUUUCAAAAUUAGUAAAUUUUAUUGAAUAAUGAUAUUUGUUUAUAUAUAAAGGGAAAAAGGAAUACACAAUUAUUUAUGAUUAAAGAUAUGUUGUAAACUUAAUUCUAUUUUUAAUUAUAAGUUCCUUUCUGCUUAUUUUGAUGAGUAUUACGUAUGUAUUUUUAAUGUUUUUCACCCUUUCUUCGACACCCUCUAUAUUAACAGUUUCUACCAAACAUAAUUUGACAACGUUGACUUCGUCGAACGAAAGAUUUACGUGAAUUAGUCAUAUAUACCUUCUAUUGAAAAUCAACGUGUUCAUUAGUCGGUUACUAUUCACUUGUAUGUACAAGUAAAGUCGGGGAAGAAAAUUUGUCAAAAGAGAAGUGAACGUUAUACAUGGAAAAGUCGAAAAACAAAGGGACACAUAAUAAAUAUUUUAAGACUAAUAAAUAUUUGUCAUUUUACCACGUAUUCGUUCGAAAUUUUUAUACGCUUGGUUUAUUCUUUGAUAAAACAUUUGCUAUUUGUAAGAAUCCGGAUAUCAUAUUUAAUAUAAUAUUAGAACAAUCAGAGUAGUUAAAAUGACCAAUUUCUAAUUUUUUAUAGAAAUUUUGUUUAAUUGGAAAAUUAUAAGUCCCUUUACUUUACGACUUUUAUUCGUGGAUCGAGAGAAAAAGUGUAAGUUGUCAUCGUGUAAAGUAAUAUCAGAUUUAUUUUAUUUAUAUUAUAGCUUGUACGCUAGGAGAUAAAUACGGAUGAACUUCUUACCGAACGAGAGUGUGUUCUCGAAGAAGAUUCUUUGCCGAGGAUUCUUGCUCUUUUUUCCUUUGAAUAGCGCUCAACUGCCUUAGCGAUCAAGCUCUGAGCGGCCACUGCCAUAACGUGUGCGAACCAGAAGAGACUCAACUGUCCGUUGCACUCGUUAGAAUCAAGUUUUUCGUUUAAAUUUUAACUCUUCGGGUGUUUCGAAAAUAAUACUCGGCUGCGAAAAUAAUACUCGGCUCCGAAAAUGUCGAUUGCUUGUCUGGGAUUUUCUUAGGACUGUUCGACAGUUCCAAAAUAUCCGGCUUUUGGAGUUCAUAUUAUAAUCAGCUUCGAAUAUUUCAAUUAUUCAACUGUCCUCUAUUUGAGACAUUUUAUCAUCAAAAGUAAUAUCUUCUUUUUAAAAAGUUGAGAAUAUCGUAUCGUAUAAAAAUUGAAAAAGUACAAAUAGCAUUUCUAUAUUACACAUAGUAGGAUGAUUUCAUUUCCAAGCGGUGUAUCUUUUGCAAUUAAAUCGUAGCUGGUUAAACUUCACGAAAACAGUGGUUCGUUAGUUUUAAGGAGAAUGAUACGAAACUGUAUGAACGUGAAUUUGAAUUUUUGUCUUGUUAAUCUUUUUACAAUUGUAAGAAAGAUAUCAUAUUUAUGCAUUCAAUACCAGCGUUGUUAGAUAUUUUUUCUUAAUGAAUAACAAUUUGAAAGUACUGCCCUAUCAAAUAAAACUUAUCUAAAUGUUAAACAGAAUAAUUAAGAUAAUAUAUAUAUUAUUACUAUUGCGUACAUCUUUUCCAUUUUUGAAGGAAAAGGCUUUCGAAAUUACGUUUAUAUCAUUUUUCUCGUAUUUUCGUUUUCAUAUAAAGUGUACGCCCAAAAUUCGAGCAGCUGUUUUCGAAACACCCUGUACGCGAAUAGUGCAAAACGAACUUUACUCUAAGAUUCGGAGAAAUUUAUAUUAUUAACUUCGUCGAUUGUGUGUGACUGUCUUUUCGCCUAUGAUGAACUAAAAUACAUAUUCUACUCUUCUUCCUCCA